AUGGCUGAGGAAGUGUCAGAGGUUCCCAAAGAACUCGUGGAUAGUGUGAGGGAUGCAGUCGGGAGGAAGGUGAAGCUGUCACUGAGGCGGAGGGUCAAAUUGGAGAUCAAAGGCGACAAGACGGAAAACCGGGUCCUGGCGCUGGCAUCUCACAGAGUAUUCCUCUUGACGGCUCGUAUCCCCGCUAAGGUGGAGCACUCUGUUAACUAUCUGGAGAUUCAGGGAAUUGCGUGUAACAAACCAACACAGUUGUCGAUCGAAUAUGAGCGUGGCUCCUUCUCGCUGAAACUGCUUUCUACAGAAGAGGUCAAUGAGGUUGUGGCGCACAUUGGAAACUGUAUGCAGAGGAUUUGUCCUGGGCUUCCACCACCAAAAGUCAUGAAGAAGCUGAGCAUGGAGCCUCCGGAGAGACUGACCUGGUUACACUCACAGUGGGAAACCAACAAGCCAACAGAGCCAGGCCCAUGUGGUGGCUUUUCUCAGAUGUACAGAUGUGUCUGCGACUGGCUCGGGCUGCCGUACAGAGAAGAGGUGCAAUGGGAUGUAGACACAAUCUAUUUAACACAAGAUUCUCGAGAACUUAACCUGCAAGAUUUCAACCAUUUGGAAAACAGGGACCUGGUGCCCAUCAUCGCAGUGUUAGAAUUUAACCAGUGGUUCAACAAGCUCUCGACCAAGGACUGUAAACUGUCUGCAGAUGUGUGUGAAGAGAUCCUCAGAGUGGUGUCCCGAUCGAGUCGACUGGAAGAGUUGGUUCUGGACAACGCAGGACUCAAGACAGAUUUUGCCCAAAAGCUCGCGGCUGCCCUGGCGAAUAACUCCAGCUCAGGAAUCACUACUAUUAAUCUCGCCAACAACCCUCUGGAGGACAGAGGUCUCUCAUCUUUAGGUGCUCAGUUUGCCAAACUCCAAAAGGGGCUAAAACAUUUAAACUUUUCUAAGACCUCAGUAUCACCCAAAGGGGUGAACAGCCUUUGUCAGUCCCUCAGUGCCAACCCUUCCAUCGCCAGCUGCCUGCUCCACCUGGAUCUCUCAGGGAACAUCCUCAGAGGAGACGACAUGCAGCAUUUUUACCAUUUCCUGGCUCAACCAAACAGCUUGUCAACCCUUGAUUUAUCCAACACUGACUGCUCCUUGGAUCAGGUUUGCUCCGCUCUGCUGCGAGGUUCAGCCCAGCAUCUCUCGGUGCUCAAUGUGUCAAAAAGCCUCUUCCCCUACAGGAAAGGCAAAGAGGUGCCGCCAUCAUUUAAGCACUUCUUCAGCAGUGCCAUGUCUCUCAGUUCUGUCAAUGUGUCAGGAACCAAGCUGCCUCCUGAAGCCCUCAAAGCACUUCUUUUAGGACUGGCAAGUAACGUCAAUGUCAAAGAUGUGUCGCUUGACCUCAGCUGCUGUGAAUUGCGGUCUGGAGGCUCUCAAAUCCUUGAAAGUUGCAUUGCAGAAAUCCCAAAUAUCUCCAGCCUGGAUAUUUCCGAUAAUGGUCUUGACUCAGACCUGUCUACUCUUCUGGUCUGGUUGGCUAAGAAUCGCUCCAUCAGGCAUCUGUCUUUGGGAAAGAACUUCAACAAUAUCAAAUCAAAAAACUUGGGGCCGGUACUGGAUAGCCUGGUACAUAUGAUUCAAGAAGAGGAGUCGCCCCUCACAUCUCUGUCUUUAGCCGACUCCAAACUGAAAAGUGACCUGACCAUUGUGCUCAAUGCUCUGGGCAGCAACACCUCUCUCACCAGGCUGGACAUCAGUGGAAACGCUAUGGGUGACAUGGGAGCAAAGAUGUUGGCAAAAGCACUUCAAAUCAACUCUAAACUCAGGACUGUAAUCUGGGACAGGAACAACACCAGCCCUCAGGGUCUACAGGAUGUAGCGGCUGCUUUGGAAAAAAACUUCACAAUUCGAUUCAUGCCCAUCCCAAUCAUCGAUGCCUCUCAGGCUUUGAAGGCCAAUCCAGAGAAGACGGAGGACGCACUACUAAAGAUUGAAAACUAUCUGUACAGAAACCACGAAACAAGGAAAUACUUACAAGAACAAGCCUAUCGGCUUCAGCAGGGCAUCGUGACCACAACCACUCAAACGGUGAUUGACAGAAUAUGUGUAAAGGUUCAGGACCAUUUGAACUCUUUAAGAAACUCUGAAGCAGAUACCAUAGUGGACGACGUCAAAUCUGCUGAGAACCUCAUUAAGGACGCAAGAAAUUCUAAAACUCUGCUUCCAAACUUGUACCAUCUGGGUUUGUCUUCUCGAGAGGAGGUGAACAGCUCGUCAACAGGGCCCAUUCAGGAGAAACUGGAGUCUAUGGCCGGCGAAGUGACCACGGUUAUGGACCAACAGCUUCAGAGCCUGUUGGAGUCGAUGGUGGACGCAGCAGAGCGUCUGUGUCCACAUGUGAUGAAGAGGAGUAACCUUCGCGCAGAGCUGUUGAAGUCCAGUUCAUCCAAAAUGCUUGUGCCCAAGAGUUUUGUCACUAAGACUCUGCUGGAGCAGUCGGGGGUCGACAUUAUCAACAAAAUCAGUGAGGUGAAAUUGAGUUUGGCGUCGUUCUUGUCUGAUCGCAUUGUGGACGAGAUAUUAGAAGCUCUUUCAACAUCCCAACACACGCUGGCUGACCAUCUGGUGAGGCGAGGGCGUCCAUUGGUGCAGCAGGAGUCCGUGGAUCUGGACGUCCCGGAGGAGAAGAUCCCCAAACGCGCCUCCACAGAGAUGUUGGAAGGAGAAAGACUGGACGACCUGGAGAGCUGCAUGACUCUUUGCUGUACCAGCAUGACUCCGAAAUCCAAGCGGAAAAGCAUCCAUAGUCGGAUGCUUCGACCAGUGUCGCGCGCCUUUGAGAUGGAGUUUGACCUGGACAAAGCUCUGGAGGAUGUUCCUGUUCAUGUGGAAGACUCUGCCUCUGUGUCUUCACCUUCUGCUGCUCCUUCCAAACAGGAGCAGAGGUCUUCAGGGGGAAUCUCAACGCUGCCGUCAGAGGAAGAGAAGAAACUACAGCACUUCACCAAACUGCGGCCACGGAGGAAUAAGAAAACACACUCCAGCAAAGUACCAGCAUUCAGCAGCACUCCCUCACACUACGGAGAGCAGAACGGCCUUAUGGGACGAGUGGACGAAGGCGUCGAUGAGUUUUUCUCUAAAAAGGUCAACAAACUGGAAUCAAAACGCUCAUCAAAGGGUUCAGAAUCUCAUGAUGGAGAGAAGAAAAAGAAGGGCGGUUUUCUGAACCUGAUCAAACGCUCCUCCAAAGACAAACCGGAUAAAUCAGAAAAGUCAGAGAAGAACCACACUCCUCCUAUAUCCACCACCACAUCUUCCUCCAGCAUCCCAGAGGAGCCCUCCUCACCAAAGGUGGCACUGAAGAGCCCUGCACAUGAGCCUAAGUCCCGGGAUAGCCGCUCUCAGCCGGCAGACUACAGCAGCAGCUCAGACAGAUCAGAAGACCUCAGGACCCCAGACUCUAUGGACGAGCCGUGGGAGGCCUCAGAUGGACGAGGCAGUCCCCAGGGAGGGAAGAGGCAUCCUGGAGUGCAGAUGGUCGGCACUGGGCUCCUGGCUGAGAUGAAGGCCAAACACGAGAGGAGGUGUCAUAAGUCUUCCAGCCCGGACAGACCUGAGAGCAACACGUCAGCUAAGCCACAGCCCCCCACCCCUGAAAACAGAUCUCCCAGCAGCCCCAUCAGCAAACCUGACUUCUCAGCAUCGACAGAAAAGAAUCCCAGUGAGAAGCCAGAAACAGCCCCUCGAUUGCGGGCGGCCUCCUCUUCUGGACCAGUCAGCCCCAAACCCCAGGUCCCAGCCGGGGCCAAGCCUGCUCUGGCUGCACGACCCACCAUCCCACAGAAACCCAGGACUACCAGCACCAGCAAAAGUAUAGAUGAAAUUUCAGAUUCUUCAAGUAAUGCCUCUCCUAAAACAAAUAGUCGCCCGUCAACGCUGAAGAAGAGUCAAUCAGAAAAGGACAAAGAUGGACAGAGCAAUACAAACUCUCACGAUGUGAAGUCGGCAUUCGAGACUGUUCAACGCUCCAGUGAAACUAACUCUGAUGAUCACGGUUCUCUCAAAUCCAAGGAGCUCACCUCAAACUCUAAGGACAAAGCAGCAAAGAAAGCAGGCUCUGGGGACGAAGCGGACAAUGAUAUUAUUUUCAUAAACUAA